AUGCGCGUAGAGAAGUUUAACCUCUCCCUUCAUUGGUUUUACCCUUCAAACAUUGAUAUGGCUCACCUUGACGACCCGGCUUUCCAUGCUGUCUGGUCGAGCCUAAAGGAGUUCUCUUUCGAAUCACGGCUUAUCGAACCUGAUGAGCUUCCUGAUCUUCCUGACCGGUAUGCACCCGAUAACGAUUUCGACUAUGACAGGCAACAGGACAGUCCGCAGAUCGAGAGACAAGAUAGGCCAGCGGAAUACCUAGUCCGGCUGCUUAGCCUCGCCAACAAUCUCGAAUCCCUGACGCUCAAGUACUGCGACGCCGGUCUGGUUUUGGACGGGCUGGUGUCCGACGAACACCCUCAUCACUUCCAGCUGAAGUCGCUCUCCUUGCUCCCUUUCACUCGUUUGAAUGGGACUAGAAGCUUUACAUUGCUAGACUCGUUGGAUUCCCUGACCAAGCUUCUUGUUCGUCAUCACCGUACUCUCGAACAUAUAACACUAAAGAAGAUCCAGGUGUUCCAUAAAGGUUAUUCACAUCUUCUACAGGGUCUAUGUGACAAGGGACUUCCUGCCUUGGGCUCCCUUCACUUCGAGCAUCUUGUUGCGGGCGGCGGAGAUGGCGAUCUGAAUAAUUACGCUGGUCUCACUUUUCCAGACUGGCCGGAAGGCGUUGAUACGGUUGACAAGGCCCGCGGAAUCUCUUUUAAUCAUCAAUUGACUCAUGAACCCUACACUCCAUGUCUGCAGUCGAUCCUCUAUAUUUGGGGUCCGGGGACGGCUAACGCGCUACGGGAGCUCGAACGCAUGGCUGUUCUGAGUCGAUAUUAG